AUGGCGAAAUAUUCUUUACCAGAAAAGAUGUUCACAUCAACGUUACAAUACACACAUACUCGAAAUCUCUUCUUGGUAUGCAUGAGUAUCGUGUAUACAUUCGCAUUUGCGUCAUUGUAUUGGCAACAAGCUGGUUUAUAUUCAGAUAAUGGCGUUUUGCCAUUACGUUUACAAAUUCAACAGCAAGAAAACGUUCAAUUGUUUAUUGUUAAAGUAGCAAAAAUGCUUCGUUGGACACCUUAUCGAAUUAUGGAAUGUAUACUUUUAAUCUCGAUUUGCUUAAGUUCGUCAAUGAUUCUUUUUAAAUGUCUUCGUACAAGUGUGACAUUUGCAAUGCUUUGGCUAGCUUAUUACAGUUGCUUUCAAAUUGCUGGUCAGUUUUUGUAUUUUCAAUGGGAUACAUUGUUAUUAGAAGCGGGUUUUCUAACUAUUCUUGUCGCACCGAUGAGAAUUCUGUAUUUAAAACGCAAACAAGUCGAAGAUUUCCUCUAUCAAGAUCGAAUCACUCUUUGGUUAGUUCGAUGGCUCGCUUUUCGUCUUUUAUUUGCUAGCGGAAUUGUUAAGCUAACAGGCGGCGACAAAACAUGGUGGGCAUUGACAGCAACAACAUUUCAUUAUCAAUCGCAAUGCAUUCCAACACCAUUGGCAUAUUAUGCACAUCAAGCACCUGUUUGGUUGCAUAAGCUAUCAACAGCAUUGGUCUAUAUGUUUAUGUCGGGCACGGGUAUUUUGUUCUUUUCACCAUUUCGUGUUCAUCGUCUAAUUGCUUUUGUGGUGCAAACGAGCUUACAACUCUUAAUUGCAAUAACUGGCAAUUAUAAUUUCUUCAAUUUCCUGACUAUUGUUUUAUGUUUCGGUUUGAUUGAUGACCGAUUUUUGGGUUAUUCACAAUGGCAGUCAGCGGACGAUGAACAGAGACCAAAACGACCUUUUUCAUGGUUAACAGCCAUAUUUCGACGAUGUAUUCAUCUAUUAGUUCUGAUUACAUACACUUAUUUGACUGUACGUUGGUUCGGAAUUCAUUGGGAUAAAAAACAACAGAUUAUUGUCACAAAUAUCACAUUCACUCGUGCACAAUUUGACUUUUUCUUGAAAAGAUUUUUAGCCAUUUGCCUGUUUCUCGCUUGGUGCUCGUUAGUUUUCACUAUUGGACGAUCAGCUUUUAUUGCCAUUCGACGACCAACGAAGAUCUAUGGAAAAAUCUUUCAUGCAUUAGUGACAAUUGCUUAUGGCAUUCUAGCAAUGAGUCUAUUCUUUGUUUCGAUGGUACCAUUCACUGUUAUCGAACGGCAAACAGCCAAAGCUCUACCAUAUGAACUACAAGCCUGGUACAAUAAAUUUCAAGAUUAUCAUGUUUUCAAUGCCUAUGGAUUGUUUAGAAGCAUGACGGGAGUCGAUGGUCGACCAGAAUUGAUCAUUGAAGGAGCAAUGAGUAUGAAAAAUCCCAAAUGGAAAGAGUAUGAAUUCUACUAUAAGCCUGGCGUAUUGUCUACCACACCACCAUUUGUUGCUCCGCAUCAACCUCGAUUAGACUGGCAAAUGUGGUUCGCUGCACUGAGCCAUUAUCAACAUGAACCAUGGUUGGCAUUUUUUCUCUAUCGACUUCUAACAAAUCAACCUGAAGUUCUACGACUGAUUCAAACGAAUCCCUUCCCUACGACACCACCGAAACAGAUACGUGUUGCUCUCUAUCGGUAUAAUUUUACUAAACCACCUGCGAAAGAUUAUUGGCAACGCGAACUGGUCAAUCAAGAAUGGUUUCCAUCUAUUACUUUAGAAAGUCAAUGGUUCAUAUCUUACAUCGAACAGCUCGGUGUUACGCAAAUCGAUAAACCCUUAUCGAAAAAUCUCUUCUUGGAUAUUAUACGUAUGAUGAGUGAUCUGAUGAAUGGAACUAUCUUUACAUGGUUUCCUGUUGUUAUUGCUUUGGUAUUUGUCAUUCUACGAAAACUUCUCUGCACAAAACCUCAUAAACCAGUCGUUAUGAGACGAGAUCAUGAAUGGUAUCAACCUGUACCAAUGAAGGAUAAAGAAAAUUAA